AUAACCGGUCGGUGAUCAGCAUUCAAGUAUUAUCAAACAAGUAAACUGGGCGGAAGUGGCGUAUCCGAUAAAUUAGCCGAACCUGUUGAAAAAAUAAACAAGAAAAACUUACAAAAUGGGAGACGCUAAAUACUUUACCACCACAAAGAAAGGUGAGAUAUUUGAGCUGAAAGCUGAGUUGAACAGCGACAAAAAAGAAAAGAAGAAGGAAGCAGUAAAGAAAGUCAUAGCUAGCAUGACAGUUGGGAAAGAUGUCAGUGCCCUGUUCCCAGAUGUUGUGAACUGCAUGCAGACAGACAACCUGGAGCUGAAGAAGCUUGUCUAUCUGUACCUUAUGAACUACGCCAAGAGUCAGCCUGACAUGGCCAUUAUGGCGGUCAACACGUUUGUCAAGGAUUGUGAAGACUCUAACCCGCUGAUACGAGCCCUGGCUGUGCGAACAAUGGGCUGCAUCCGGGUGGACAAAAUAACAGAGUAUCUGUGUGAACCACUGAGGAAAUGUCUCAAGGACGAGGACCCAUACGUUCGCAAGACGGCCGCAGUGUGCGUCGCUAAGCUUCACGAUAUCAAUGCUCAACUGGUGGAAGACCAGGGCUUUCUGGACUUGCUCAGGGAUCUUCUCUCAGAUUCCAACCCCAUGGUUGUGGCAAACGCGGUGGCUGCUAUCUCAGAGAUCAUGGACGCCUCACCGAACGCUGCCCAGGUCCUGGAGAUGAACUCAGGCACCAUCAACAAGCUGCUAACUGCCCUCAACGAGUGCACGGAGUGGGGCCAGGUGUUUAUUCUGGAUUCCAUCUCCAACUACACCCCCAAGGAUGACAAGGAGGCCCAGAGUAUCUGUGAGAGAGUCACCCCCCGCCUGGCACACGCCAAUGCUGCAGUGGUACUCUCAGCUGUCAAGGUGGUGAUGAAGCUGAUGGAAAUGCUGGACACGUCUGGGGAGUACGUCACCUCCCUCGUUAAGAAACUUGCCCCACCCCUGGUCACCCUGCUCUCUGCAGAGCCCGAGAUACAGUACGUCGCACUGAGGAACAUCAACCUGAUCGUGCAGAAGAGGUCAGACAUUCUGAAGAAUGAAAUGAAGGUUUUCUUCGUUAAGUACAAUGAUCCAAUUUAUGUCAAGCUGGAAAAGUUGGACAUCAUGAUUCGUCUGACUAGCCAGGCCAACAUUGCCCAGGUGCUUGCAGAAUUGAAGGAAUAUGCCACAGAAGUGGAUGUUGAUUUUGUGCGCAAGUCUGUGCGUGCCAUCGGCCGCUGUGCCAUCAAGGUAGAGCCUGCGGCAGAGCGCUGUGUGAGCACUCUACUGGACCUGAUCCAGACAAAGGUCAACUAUGUGGUACAGGAGGCCAUUGUUGUCAUCAAGGAUAUCUUCCGCAAGUAUCCCAACAAGUAUGAGAGCAUCAUUGCAACCCUGUGUGAAAACCUGGACACUCUAGAUGAGCCAGAAGCUCGCGCCUCCAUGAUCUGGAUCAUAGGGGAGUAUGCUGAGCGCAUUGACAAUGCUGACGAGCUGCUAGAGAGCUUCCUGGAAGGUUUCCAGGAUGAGAACACCCAGGUCCAGCUGCAGCUGCUGACAGCCAUUGUGAAGCUGUUCUUGAAGAGGCCCACAGACACCCAGGAGCUGGUACAGCAGGUCCUCAGCCUCUCUACACAGGACAGUGACAAUCCUGACCUGCGAGACCGUGGCUACAUUUACUGGCGUCUGCUCUCCACCGACCCUGCUGCUGCCAAGGAGGUCGUGCUGGCAGAGAAACCCCUCAUCUCUGAGGAGACGGACCUUAUUGAGCCGACACUGCUAGACGAGCUGAUCUGUCACAUCUCCAGCCUUGCCUCUGUGUAUCACAAGCCUCCCAAUGCCUUUGUUGAGGGCCGCGGUGGACUGAGGAAGGUGCUGCCACCCAAGUCAGAGCUAGGUGAGGGUGUAGUGGACAGCCUGGGCAGCCCCACAGAGCCCACAGCCCAGCCCCCGCAGUCCACAGUGAUCCCAGGGGCUGACUCCCUGAUUGGGGACCUCCUAGACAUGGACCUGGGAGGGCCUGGCCCCUCCAUGAUGCAGCAGCAGAUGUACCCUGGCCAGUCACAGGGGUCGGCGCAAGGGGGAGGGGGGUCACAAGGCCUCGACAUAUUUGGGGAAGGACUCGAUAAUCUGUUGGGCGGAGGUCCCUCUGGGGCUGAUAUGCUGGGAGGUCUUGGCGACAUAUUUGGAAUGCCUCAGACCCAGUCAUACGUGCCCCCUCAGGAGGUGUGGCUCCCGGCUGCAAAGGGCAAGGGGCUGGAGAUAACGGGAACCUUUGCCAGGAAGAACAAUACCAUUCACAUGGAGCUCACCUUCACCAACAAGGCCAUGCAGCCCAUGUCAGGGUUUGCCAUACAGUUCAACAAGAACAGUUUUGGCCUGAUGCCUGCCAGUGUGAUGAACAUCCGCUCACCCCUCCCCCCCAACCAGGGAGCCAGUACCUCCCUGCCCCUCAAUACCCAGGGACCUGUCAUGAAGAUGGAGCCACUCACCACUCUACAGGUAGCUGUGAAGAACAACAUCGAUGUGUUCUACCUGUCCACCCAGGUGCCGCUGCACGUUCUGUUCACUGAGGACGGGGAGAUGGACAAAAAGGUGUUUUUGGCCACAUGGAAGGACAUCCCCUCACAAAACGAGGUCCAGUACACCAUCAACAAUGUGCAGCAUAACGCUGACACAGUCUCACAGAAACUGCGGAACAACAACAUCUUCACGAUCGCAAAGAGGAACGUCGAGGGACAGGAUAUGUUGUACCAGUCCUUAAAACUGACCAAUGGCAUCUGGGUCCUGGCAGAACUGAAGAUUCAGCCCUCAAACCCAUCAUUUGUGCUGUCUAUUAAAGCCAGAGCUACAGAUGUGUAUGAGGCAGUGAAACAGGUGUUUGAGAACAUACUUCACAACUAGAUUGCAUUGUGUCAGUGACGUACUAGAUGGCAUUGUGCUUGUUUAGCAAUACCCGAAUGGAAAUGAAGGCCAAAUUAACUGAUUACAUGUAGUGCUGAUAGAUUUAUGUUAUAACAUUUUAACUAGAAUAAAUGGUUAAUUAGUGUUGCACAUUUUGAUAUGUCUAAUGAUGUUAUAAUAAGAAUGUAAAGAUAAUUUGUACUUUUCAUAAGCAUUUUGCACAGAAAUGAUUGAAAGCUAAAUAGAAAAUUUAAUGUGUUUGAACAUUCCAGAUAAUUGUUAGGGAAGUAUUAUACACUUGUCCUGUGGUUGUUUUGUAAAAUGAAUUAUAAAGCACAUAAACUUUAA